AUGGCGCGCGAGACUUUGUGUGACGGCGCGCCGUCGCCCGCCGCGAGAUCGCUCAGAGAUCGCGCGCGAUUGCGACCGAGCGUGACGAUGCGGGCGUCGCUCGAGGGCGACGCGAUCGGGUCGAUCGCGCACGUCAAGCGCGCGUCGCUGCGAGAGGAGGUCGAACGACGGGCGAACGUUGAGCUGGGCGUCGUCUCGGACGUCGACGAGGCGUGGCGACGGAUGAGCGCGGCGCCGAGGCGAGGGGCGGACGCGGCGCGCGAGAGCUGGUUGCAGUGCGAACGAUGCGACCGGUGGAGACGAGUGCCGAGGUGCGUGGAGACGGCGUUGGGGGAGAAGGGGACGUUUGUGUGCGGUGAUGGACGCGAUGGACGGUUUAACGCGUGCCGGAGGAGUCAGGAGGCGACGGAUAGGGAGAUCAACGCGAUGUUCGACGACGCGCUCAAGGCGAACGACGAGACGCGGGCGCGUAUUCGGAAGGAAUUGAUCAACGAGCGGGUGAAGAUGACGCAGAAGCGAAAGCGGUUGGAUGACUUGAGGCAGCGCGAGGCGCGAGGGGAGAUCGAGUUGCACGAGGACGGGACGUACACGAAGUUGGUGAAAAAGUCAAAGAAUGGGAAAAACGGCGCCGCGGCGAGCUCGGGGUCGGCGCCGCCGCAUCCGGGGCCGUUCGACGAGUACGGGUGGGUGCAGUGCGAGACUGAUGGUUGUGGGAAGUGGCGGAAGGUGGCAUACACCGUGAGCGAGGAGUUGGCGAGUUCUUAUAGGGAACGAUUUGUGUGCGCAAUGAACGCGGACAAGGCGCACGCGUCGUGCUCGGCGCCUCAGGAGCUCGCGGAUGAGGAGAUCGACGACUUCAAUAGAGAUCAGGGCAUUCGCAAGAUUUUACAUCAGAAGGCCGUGCAGGAUCACUACGCGCACUUCGCGAAUGGGAAAGGGCCGGUACCGAACGGCUUGGUGUGCGUCUCGGUCAAGCUCGAGGACAAGCCAAAGCCCAAACCAAAACCGAUUAUAGACGAGGCCGUACCCAGCGCACCGAUCGAGGAGGGACCGGAGGAUCCUGUGGAUUGGGUCCCGGGCACGCCCCGACCCUAUCCGACGCCGGCGUCGAUCGGAACGAUCCCGGUGCAGGUUCCCGUGACGUGCAACUCCCAUCGAGGAGUGUAUCUUCCUAGACGUAACAUUUUUAGAUGCUACUGCGAACAGCCCGAGCACAUGUGCGCAAACGUCACCGGCCAGGGUGAUGGGAACAUGUUUUAUGGUUCAGCAUGGGAGGCGCAUUGCGGUCGGGGAGCGACGCGCAAGUACAAGGCUUCAGUGCGCGUGUACUUGGCCGGCCCGACGCCGCAGAUGUUCAUCGGCCGUUGGUUUGAUCACGUCGGUUUAAAAGUAGUGGACCGCGGUGGUGGCGGCGGUGGUGGGAGCGCGAAACCGAAAAAGGCCAAGUCGUUGACGAAGAAUGUCAUCAUAGAGGUCGAUGAAUCGUUCGUUCCAGGGCCGAUCAAUCAGCUUUCACUGCGCAACUUGAUGACGGUGUUCGGUUUCAUUUUAGAUGGCACCGCCACAGGCGAGGUUAAGAGGGAGGGCGAUACGAGCGAAGGGCGCGAAAAGGUCAAGGAAAAGAUCAAAGAAGAGAAACAAAAAACUGCCGAAGAACUGCGCGAGGAGGUGGAGAAAGAGCUUGGGCGUCUGUCAGUGGUAUGUAAGAGCUUCAAGAUCGCCGCGUUGACUGUGCUCAAGGCGGCGGGCGUGAAAAAGGCGGAAAAGAAGAAUGCCGAUGGUACAGCCCUACGCACGCAGUUUACCGUGAUUGAAGAGUACGUCGAUCGUAAGGAUGAGUUGGAAUGUCAAAUCGAGCGCUCGGUGACGCUCGCGAAGAACCAUCCGUACGUCAAGGGGUCGACUACGUCGACGGCGAACGUCGACGAUGGACAUCCUCCGGGAUGGUGGCCGUCGCUAGGAGUCAAAGCAGAGCGUAAAAAGCUUGUCACGGAGGUAAUCGAACAGGAGACGUACGGUUGUGACUUCGUCACCGGUCGCGACGCGACGACCACGCUUCAAAAAGUUCUUCCAGACUUUUCUGAGGAUGACGUGUGGGCGCUCUACAAGCACCUUCUGUCGCAAGUAAACGAGAGCUAUGGAGCCAUGACACCAGACACGCUGGCAACACAGAGUCUGGCGCUCGCCGCGGAGGAUCUUGCUGAAAAGUUCGAGAACCAAGGCGUGCGUAUGAACGAUAUGAAAAGUAUCGCAUUUUCCAAAGCUCUGUGGAAGCUCGCGUCCGAGUCACGUGUGUCUCCCGAGUUCUACGCCGUGCAUCGCAAAGGUUUCGGCGUCGUGUGCAAGGAACCGAUUAAGAAGGGUGAGUUUCUUAUCGAUUUCCUCGGUGAGAUCUAUCCGCCUUGGGCGUGGGCGGAAAAGCAGGACGCGAUUCGUUUGGUACAGAAGAACAGAGGUCUUAGAGAUAAGGGUCCACCGGAGUUUUACAAUAUGCAAAUCGAGCGACCAGGGGGCGACGAAGAGGGAUACUCGGUGUUGUUCUGCGACGCGAUGCACGAAAACAACUACGCAGGUCGUCUGUCGCAUACGUGUGAUCCAAACGUAGAGGUGAACCUGAAGGCGAUCAAUGGCAAGUACGAGAUUCACUUCAUCACCAACCGAGACAUCGAGCCCGGAGAGGAGUUGGCGUACAAUUACCACAGCUGUACUGAUAACAUGAAGGAGGUAGAGGCUGCGUUUUGCCUGUGUGGCGCGCGCAUGUGCCGAGGUUCGUAUCUGAACUUUGUCGGCGAAGACAACAACUCCCAAGUGUUGAACACCAAGCACAAGCUCAUCGAUAGGCAGGUGAUCGCUUUCAAAGCCAUCGACAGAGCUGCUGAGCCUCUCAAUCCAAAGCAGGUGCGAUGCCUUGAACAGGUUGGAUUUUACCCGGGCAAAGGGCUUCUCAAGUGCUGUCCCAGCUGGCUCCUUCAUUUCGUGGGUGAUCUUGCGAUAUACAUGGAAGAGGAGGUCAAUCAGCUGCCGAAACACAUCCUCGCGGCGGCAAAACAGGAGCACGAAAAGCUGCUGCUGAAAAGUCCAGGGAUGGAGUUCACGUACAACGAAAAGUUUGCCAAGAUUGACGCUCUCGCUGUUCGCGAGAAUAGAACUCAGAGUAUCGCCAUCAUGCUCAGCAAGCUGCGAAGAGUAUUGACCCGCGCGCGGGACGGGGGGGCUCAGAAGAGCGUGUACGAGUGUCUGGACAAGUUUGAGAGCGCACCGCCUCCGUUCGUGCGACUCACCGACGACGAGGUUGCCGUACAGUUUUGGGGAACCGGUACGGAUGGCUUCGAUCGAUCGGUCAUUCGCGGACUUCUAAACGCCAUGGGUCCUCACGAGCGGAAACGUGACGCAGAUGAAUUCGUGAAGUGGACGAGUAAAGUCGAAGCUAUCGCCGACAAGGCCCGCAAGGGGAAGAUGGAUCUGAGGGAGUCUUUGCUUUGGCUUCGAGAUGAGCUCAUAAAGUUGCCUCGAGACAAGUGCGCCAGACACGAUCUCGCUGCGGCGCUCGUCCACUUCUACGCGAUGACAGAGCAAUUCUGGCAACCGAGUCCCGCUCCCGAACACAUGGGAUACACUAGCGAUAAGGUCGCCGUGCGCGAAGACGAAGUGAAUGCGUGGGGUGUCGGCGCUGGUGGCGGAGGCGACAAAAUCGUUGCGAGAGUGGAGAAGACGUAUCGACCUGGUUACAGUGGGGCGACGAUGUUACAGUGGCACAAACAGGAGGUCGCCGACCCGACUCAACACUUGGUUGCGAAUCGCAAAGGCAACCUUACCAUGCCCGAUAUCGCGUGCUGUUAUUCGAGCCGACCGAACCAACCACUCGCUCGAGCUGGCUCGCUUGAACACGAAACAUGGAUUGGCCACUUGCAGAACUGGCCCGAGGAGACGUGGCCCAACUUGAGCGGUCCGUGGGGUAUCGGUAAUCCUCAAAAGUUGAUUGGUUCACCGAUCAUCGACGCGUGGAUGCAGGGUAAAAGAUCGAUCCCUGUGAAAGUCUUAGCCUGGAUCAAGGCGAACGUCAGACCUCCAUGA